AGCUAACGCGACUGUAGCUUAGCUAACAGGCUUGAAAAGUUUGUUUAGUUUUAACUUUAGCUAGUUUUGGUGAAACCUCCAGUACUGUGAAACGGUUUUAGGGUUAUAUUUUUUUGCACACUGCACUUUGUAUGAUCUUUAACGAUUCAUAAAGACUAUCAAUUCAUUAUUUUUUCGUCAGUACCUAAAACGUCUGAAUUACUCCAGUAAGCCACUGGAGUAAAUAUCCAUAUAUUUAGGUUUUUUAAGCAAGGUACAGGCAGGAGAAGCUGUCAUGUCUGAUCUGCGCAAAGAGAAAUUGCAAAAAAAAGACAAGAGGAUAGUAAAGCUGGCCGUAGAGGGGAGCCAUGGAGCCAGAGGCAAAGACACAACUUUCAGGACUAAAGACUCUAUAAGCACAGUGUCGUGCAUAGAUGAGCUGCACCACGAUGACAACGCCCGCAUAGGUGUAGCAAUAGAGAAUACGUACCAGAUGGGACCUGAUAAACGCUUCUCUGUCGCUGCGCUCACAGACAUACUACAGGAUGUACUCACCAGUUACCUCCAAGAGGAGAGAUAUGAAGUGGAGUGGUCUCAGAAAAUGACAAAAACAAUAUGUGAGGUGAUAAGAGCCCGUGUGAAGGACUUAUUGAUCCCCAGAUAUAAAAUUAUCAUCUUGGUCCACAUCGGCCAGCUCAACGGGCAGAGCAUGCAGAUGGACAGCCGCUGUCUGUGGGACACGUCUAACGACACCUCAGUCUCGUACUCCUUCAAGAACAGAUAUCUGUACGGUGUGGCAACUGUCUAUGCUAUUUACGUUGAGUGAAUCAUGGGCAUACUUUGAUCUAAAUCUCAUGGUACAUUUCUGCUGUUAAAUGUUUAUAUGUUUUGACAUGUUUAAAGUGAUCAAACAAGAAUUUUAAA